AGGAGCGGGAUUGAAUUUAGUAACCUGCCUGUUCUAGCAGUUGUGGUGUGUGUUCGGGAACCUGCGGGACGGUUUUGUUUGUGGUGCCGUCUAUGGAUAAUAUUACGUUUGCGUGACCACUCGAUGAGAAGGGAUUGUGUCCUGCAGCCACCAUGUCUACGAUUCAGUCGAGUGUUGCUGCCCCAGCUAACAUCUAUACCACCACGGUGCCACUGUGCCAGGGUGGCAUUGAAAACCAGAUCUGCGUCUCGUCCGCCACCAUGACCUUGCCAAUAUCUGUGGCUAUUCCGACAGUUGUUACUCACACCUUGGUUCAGCCAACAUCAUCAUUCACCGGAACAAUAACUGUGCCAUCAGUGACCCCUACUGUGACACCCAUCAGCGCAAGUAUGGGAGUGGUGCCUACUUGCACACCUAUCCUCACCACCACACUGGUGAAGCCCACUGCAGUCUCUGUAGCUGACCGGCAGGCCAACUCUGGUGAUGGAGUUCAAGUGUUGAACAAACAGCGUCUCCAGGACCUCGUCAGGGAAGUGGACCCAAAUGAACAGCUCGAUGAUGAUGUAGAGGAGUUGCUGUUGCAAAUCGCGGACGACUUCAUCGAGAACCUGGUAACUACUUCCUGCCUCCUUGCAAAGCACAGAAAAUCCACAACGCUGGAAACCAAAGACAUUCAGCUCAGCUUAGAGAAAAACUGGAACAUGUGGAUACCUGGAUUUGGGGCAGAAGAGGUGCAGCCAUAUAAGAAAGCUAGCAGCACUGAAGCUCACAAACAGCGUUUGGCUCUCAUCAGGAAGACACUAAAGAAAUAUUAGUCACAAAGUUGUUGUGGCCUUUUUCUUUGUUUGUAUAUUUUAUUGAAGAAUAAAAUUAGUACAGAAACUGA